AUGGAGGCCCCGGCCGAUUCCUCUGAGGCCCCGGCGAUCUGCCGCUUCUUCCUAGAGGGCCGCUGUCGUUUCGGAGCGCGCUGCCGUCAUCCACAUCCUGGGGCCACUGGGCCGUCGCCCGAGGUUUCGCAGCCCGAGGCCGGCUCCAAGAAGCCGGCUCUGCGCACUGCCGCCGACGUCAUCCAGCGCAUCCGCUGGGACCCGCGCUUGGACCCCGCUGACUUUUCGGUGGGCUACACCGACCGCUUCUUGGGCGUGCAGGAAGAGCCUUUCUGCGCCUUCUGCUGGGACGAGCCGCUGGCAGCGCUCGGACCUGGCGUGUUAGCAGUUCCGCAGCACCGCAUACGCUACUUCCGCUUCCGCGGACGCCUGGUGUGGGACCGAGCCUCGCGCACUGACCUUAUUUUUGGCUCGGGCUCUGCGGCUGGACGGGGACCCACCAUCCUCGAUGCGCUGGACGGCAGGGACGAGCACUGGCCAGAGGUCGAGCUAGGUAUUUCUGACACAGAGAAGACAGGGGAGGCUUCCAAGAGUCAGGACACUCAGAAUGCCCCAGUGGAAGGGGGUGGAAAUCCGACCAGAACUGAGCUUGAUUCUGGCCUGGAGACAUUAGGAGAGGGUGGGGCAAAUAAAGAGACCAGAACCAGGCUUGAUUUGGGCCUGGAGACACACAAAGUGGAUGGAGCAACCAGAGAGACCAUCCUGAAUGGGACAACUAAGUUAGAAACACCAGACCCAACCGUGUGCAUCUCAGGAGUAAAGGAGAUCACGAACUCAGUAGAGGUGCCCAGAGUCACACUGCUUCCACGGUGGCAGGCACAGGACAUGGAAACUUUAGGGCUUUCUGCUGAAGAGAUGGAAAGUGAGUGGGGUCCAGGUGCUUGGCCUGAUGACAGAAUGGCCCCUCGCCAGCUCCGUCCUACACAUUUCGUGGCACUCAUGGUGACAGAGCCUGGGCUCAGGGCUGAAGUGGUCAAGGCCCAAGAGCAUCUGGUCCAGAUAGCCCCUCCCUGUGCUGCAUUCCUGGUACCAGCACAGGCCCUGCACCUGACAAUGGUCCUGCUAAGGCUCAUAGGCCCUGGGGAGGAGGCUGCAGCAGCUAGGGCUCUGCGGAAGGCCCUCCUGACACCAGGGCUUCAGGCACCCUCCCAGCUACAGUUUGGGGACUUGGUUCUUCUGGGCCAACAUGUACUCUGUGCCAUACCCUCCCCAACACUGGCAGGCAUGGCCCAAACUCUGCAUCAGAGGCUAGAGGCUGAAGGGCUCAGAGUGCUGAGGCCGCCAGGGGCGCUACAGCCUCACCUCACCCUGGCUAAGGUGCCACACGGAUCUCAGGUUUGCAUCCCUAAGCCAGGGUUUGUCCUGAACCAGGAGUUGAGGCAGCCCCUAGGGACACUCUGGCUGUGCCAUAUGGGCAGGGCAGGACAUAGCUACCUGCCCCUGGCUGAGAUUGCCCUCAAAUGA